CAGAAAAGAGAUUGAGAUAUGACCAAAAGAGAAGGAAAAUAUUAGAUAAACAUCCUCCAAAAAAUGAAAAGGGAAAUAAUAUACAAUAUUAUACAGAGCAAGCAGCUGAACCGGCAGUUUGGUCAAGUAAGGUACCCUAUCGACAAGGAAAGAAAAUCUUCCUACGCGCUAAUCAUUCAAGAUGAUGAUGACUAUGAUGUGAACUUCAGUCGUUUCUUUUUCUUUCUUUCUUUUUUCUUGAUUUUGUCCCAUUUCCCCCCCUCCUCCCAACAACACAGCAGCAGCAGCAGCAGCAGCAGCAACAGCAAGCAGCAGAGCAGCAGAGCACUGACUGUUGAAUGUUUCGGUGAAGGAGCUCCGUUCGGCCUGCCUUCCUGUGGUUGGUGGGCGGGCGGAAGAGGGGAGGGGGAACCACUACUUACAGGUUUUCCACGGCUCUUUAGGGGUUCGUCCGGUGCCUCUAGUUCGGUUAGUGACUUUCAGGCCCAGGAUUUCAAGCCCCUUGGUUCGACGACUCUUUCUCCUUAGCAGCGAACCCAAAUCCCCCUAAAGGGGGGCAAAAAAAAAGCCAACCCGCCCAACGAGAAGAAAGUUGUGGUCCAUCGGAGGAAUGGCGAUGAUCCUCAUCUGUUUCCCACCGCUUCCCACACCUUUUCUCAGUGCCACACCACACUCAAAACUGUCGUCUGUGUGUGCCG